AGUGUCCUUGAAGUCGUCGGGAAUCCACCACAGCUAGAAGAAACUCAUGAGUGAUGUCACCAGAUGCCCACCAUAAAAUGAACAUGACUGGUGUUGACAUAAAAAUCGAGCCAAGUAGCCCAAUUUCUGCAUUGCCUCAUGCCAUGACAGAUGUUGACAUGGAGGUAGAGUCUAUCAUCCUUCCCAACACAUUACCUGACGGCACGGCAGCUGUCGACAUAAAGGUAGAGCCAAUUAACCCUCCUGCCACACUGUCUGAUGAUGUGAUGGGCAUUGACAUCAAGGUAGAGCCCAGUAGCCCAUCAACUACUCCACUUCCGGAUGAGAUGGGCUUUGACAUCAAGGUAGAGCCCACUAGCCCACCAACUACAACACCUCCUGAUGUAAUGGGCAUUGACAUCAAGGUAGAGCCCAGUAGCCCACCAACUACUCCACCUCCUGAUGAGAUGGGCAUUGACAUCAAGGUAGAGCCCACUAGCCCACCAACAACACCACCUCCUACAUAUGUUGACACCAACAAAGGAGGGCCACCAGCUGAUUCAACAGUUGCAAGUGACAGCACUGAAACUUCAAAAGACAGCAUGGAUAUCAGCCUUGGAAUCUUGGAAGGUGCUACAGAAUCUUCACCAAGAAAGUGUGACAGGAGUGUCGGCAGCUUGUACGAGUGUGACGUGUGUGGGAAGUGCUUUAAAGGAACGGGCAGCCUGAAAAGGCAUCGGACCUUGCACACAGCCAGGAAGCCGGAGUACUCGUGCACUCUCUGUAGCAGGCAAUUCCCUAACAAUUAUAGGCUAUUCCUACACAAGUUUGAGCACACGGGCGAGAAUCCCUAUCCUUGCCCCUUUUGUGGCAAGAAGUCUUCAUCUAAGGCUGGGUUGAUUAAACACAAGCGUCUGCAUACGGGUGAAAUGCCAUAUGCAUGCCAGAUAUGCCCAUCCAAAUUCUGCUCUAAAGGAGCUUUGGAGAGGCACAAGCAGCUGCAUGCAGCUGGAGUGGAGAUGGUCCACUGUCCGGAGUGUGGCAAGACCUUCAAGCGGGCGAAAGCGCUGCAGACACACUUGAAGCGGCAGCACAGAAAGGAGAGGCCACUUUCGUGCCAUCUUUGCCCAGCCAAGUUCACUUACGAAUGUCAUUUAAAGAUGCAUGCGUUGACGCACUCGAGUGAAAAGAGGCAUAAGUGUGCCGUGUGCGAGAGAGGCUACAGCAGGCGUGAAUGCCUCAGAAGACACGUGGCCACUAUGCAUGUUGGAGUCAAGGCUGCCAUGGCAAGCACCGACAGCAGGGUGGAGAUGCCGAGUAGCCCCCUCUCCAUGCAGCCUCCUGGCCCUCUGGAAAUGGAUGUAAAGGAAACAUCUGAGUCUCCAGUACUUAUGCCAAGGAUUGUAUCUCUAGCAUCAUCAACAAGCAGUAUUGAAACGGCAGGAAGCACAGCCAUUACAGGCAGCAACAAAGGAAUCUCGGAUGGGGGACCUAGAGGAUAUCCACCUAAAAAGCCUGAAGAGAGUGUCAACAGCUUGCUCGAGUGUGGCAUGUGUGGGCAGUGCUUUACAAGAAAGGACGAUUUGAAAAGGCACGAGAUCAUGCACACAGAUGAGAAACAGCACGCUUGCACUCUCUGUAACCAGCAAUUUGCAGCUAAGAAAAGUCUGAUUGAACACCUGCUUGUCCACUCGGGCGAGGAGCCCUAUGCUUGCCCCUUCUGUGACAAGAAGUUUACACUUAAAUUUGAUUUGUUUAGACACCAGCGUGCAUAUAAGAGUGAGUCGGCAUAUGCAUGCCAGAUAUGCCCAUCCAAAUUCUGCUCUAAAGAAUCUUUGGACUGGCACAAGCACCUGCAUGCAACCGGAGUGGACAUGGUCAACUGCCCGGAGUGUGGCCAGGCCUUCGAGCAGGCGACAGCGCUACAGAAGCACUUGGAGUGGCACAAGACAGAGAAGCCAUACUCAUGCCAUCUUUGCCCAGCCAAAUACGCUCUCAAGUGUCAUCUAAAGAGACACGUGUUAAAUCACACGAGUCAAGAGAGGCAUAAGUGUGCCCUGUGUGAGAGAGAUUUUGCCAGGCGUCAUGACCUCAAAGAACACAUAAGCGAACAACAUGUUGGAGUCAAGGCUGCCGUGGCGAGCACCGACAGCAAGGUGGAAAUGCCAAGUAGCCCCCUCUCCAUGCAGCCUCCUGACCCUCUGGAAAUGGAUACAAAGGAACCAUCUGAGUCUCCAGUAAUUAUGCCAAAGAUUUUUACCGCAGCAUCAUCAACAAGCGGUACUCAAAUACCAGGAAGUGUAGCCACAACAGACAGCAACAAAGGAUGCUCGGAAGGAGCUACAGGAUAUUCACGAGAAAAGCUUGAAUGCAGUGUCGACAGCUUGUUCAAGUGUGCCAUGUGUGGGCAGUGCUUUACAACAAAGGACGACUUGAAAAGGCAUGAGAUCGCGCACACAGCUGAGGAGCAGCAUUCCUGCGCCCUCUGUAGUAAGCAGUUUGCCACCAGGGAAAGUCUCAUUCUACACCUGCUUGCUCACUCGGGCGAGGAGAAGCCCUAUGCUUGCCCCUUCUGUUACAGGAAUUUUACACUGAAGGCUGAUUUCGAUGUACACAUGUGUGCGCAUAAGCCUCAGGUGGUGUAUGCAUGCCCGGUAUGUCCGUCCAAAUUCCGCUGCAAGAAAUCUAUGGACAAACACGAGAAGCUGCAUGCAAGUGGAGUGGAGAUGUUCAACUGCCCGGAGUGUGGCAUGGCCUUCACGCAGACGAAAUUUUUGCAGAGGCACUUGAAGUGGCACGGGAUAGAAAGCUCACACCUGUGCCCUCUUUGCCCCAGCAGAUUCACAUGUGCAUCCCAGCUGGAACUUCAUUUGGAAUCGCACAAAGGUGAAAAGUCGUACAAGUGUCCGAUGUGCGAGAGACUAUUUGCCAAGCGUCACCACGUCACUGCUCAUAUGCGUCAGACGCACGAUGCAGUCGAGGCCACCGCGGCAAGCCCUGGGAGCAGUAUCAUGCUUCUGCUGCCUGUGACCCUCUGGACAUGGAUACCAAAGGAAGAUAUGAUCCUCCAGACCCACUGCUAAGCAUCAUUUUGUAACAACAUCGACAGCGACUGUGCCUGCUCAACAGAGAUGGGAUGAAGGGCACAGUGUAUGUAACACAUUUCAUUGUGAUGGUUGUGGAAACCAGCCUAGACUAUUUUCAUGUGUACUUCCGAUACUCACAAUAAAGGAAGUUACCCAGCACAUACAACAUUGCGCAGUGGCAAUCACACCGCACUGCCUAGCUUAAAGUUGCGCACGUUAAUCGAUGAGCUUGGCUGCAUUUCAAUGUGGGUAAAACGAAAAAAAAAAAAAAGCCAUCAUGUACAUGGGGAGAUGGAAAGAAACGCGAAAAGCAUGACGCGCUGUUUUCAUCGCGUUCCGACUUUGGUGACAAUGAAAAGAUGUUAGAAUGGUUCUUGAUUGCACCACGGAUGACUCCAUUGGCUUUUUAUGAACGUCCAGGCUACAAGUGCUUGAAAAGGAAUGUGAAACAGCAGAGAAUGUAGAUGCUGCACUGCUCGCGUUUCUUGCCAUCCCCACUGUACAUAACUAUACGUGUAUGUCAACGAAACUCGGGCAGCAAAAUUAUUCUGGUAUCCCAUGCUACCAUGUGUAAUAUUUAUAUAUAAAUAUCAUGCGUAGCAUGAUAUUUAUAAAAUAAUUAUUGAUGAUGGCCAGUAACCCAAGUGUAAUUCCCACAUUCGGAUAGGCGAAGAGUGUAAAAAUAAUUGUGUACUUAUGUUAAGGCUGUCGGGAUAUGGAAUUUUCCUCGGCUCUAUGCCUUCGCAAAGAAUGUGUUACAGUUGCUGUAGGUUUUUUCGACAAGUGCAGUCGAGCCCAGGCUCAUAGAAUGGAGCACAACGAUGCGAUAAGAAAUCAUCACAUUUGCAAAUUAUUAUAUUAUUACAUUAUUACUUGAAGUAAUAAUGUGGCA